UUUUUUCAGUGUAGACAUUUUGUCUGACAUAUCACAUCAUGAAGUUCCUAGAGAGACUUCUGUUGGACAUUCAUCCUUCAAAACAGCUGCUUUCCAGUGUCUACAAUGAUGCUGACAUUGUACCACAAUGUGCAAUCAAAGUACAUUGAGGCACUGAAAUCUCCUCUCAAGAUAAAUUAGUUUUAAUACCUUCAUUUUAGGUUUGGGCCAUGUUGGAAAACAUUGUGGCCUAUUUCCACAGAGAGACAAUCUAAAUCACCAAAACAUCCCUAUCAUUCCUAGUGUUGUUCCAAACGUAAGUCUUUUGGAUUUCCUAGCAGCAAAUAUAUCCAUGUAUUCAUAAUACAUAGAUUUCAUUUUUCAUUCUGCAAUUUUGCACGCUGUCCAGCAGAUGAUGCCCCAGGCAACUGCCUGCGAUGCCUGUCAACACAGCCGGCUCUGGAGCUUUUACUUUUCCUUUGGGAUUAAUUGGGAUUAAUCCAGUGUUUUUUUAAAUUAAAUAGCAUUAUCCUGUUAAAAAGUAACCUGAAAAUCUUAAAAUGACAGAACAAAGCUACUACCGCCCACCCUACUUUCCACACCGACACAUAUAAACCCCAACAGACAACUUUUUCAUUCAGUCAUAUAAAUUUAAGGCUACAUUACCUUUUCUAUCAUAAAAACACCAACCUAAAUGGUAAGCAGCUAUGUUCAAUAAAAGAUUACUGAGAACAUUUAGAACAGACAUUAAAAAGACUUUUAUGGCCUGUUGCUACGUGCUACACGUUUUGGAUUUCAAAAUAGACAUUGUGGUUUCCUCAGACCCUUUCACGCAGCAAAGCAAUUACUUCUGGCUUAGUUCUACUGCUGAAGAACAUAAAGAUGUGGAGGACUAAGAUCCUGAUGUUCAUCUUGUGGGUUCUGAGCUGUUUGACCACUGUUCCAGGUUUGAUCCAUCACUUUGGAUAUGAGGGACGAGAUGAAUACAUCCAGUGUUCAUACCCUUUGGGAUAUGAGGGUUAUGAAAAGUACCUCUGUAAGAAUAACUGUGGUAACAAUGAUGUUCUUAUUAGUACAUUACAAAAGAAUACAACAAAAUAUCGCACCUAUGAUGAGAAAAGAAAAAGGGUUUUCAUAGCAAUCAUCUCUAAGCUUCAUCUUAAUGAUGCUGGUAAAUUCUGGUGUGGAGUGACUAGACCAGGAACAGAUAUCUACACUGAAGUAAAGCUGCAUGUAACCCAAGACAGGUGCUGUCAAACUGUGAGUAAAACCCAAAGUAUUGAAGAAGGUUCGGUGACCAUCAGUUGUCCCUAUGACUCUCAGUCCGCCAACAACCUGAAGUACCUCUGCAGAGGAAACCGGCCCUCCGUAUGUCUAAAGCAGGCAGUUAUCACCUCUAACAGCCCACAAGAAGGACGAUUCAGACUCACUGAUGACAGGAAAUCAAGAAUAUUCACAGUGACUAUUUCCAGACUGACCCUGAAGGAUUCAGGGUUAUAUCUCUGUGGAGUGAAGAGAACCUCAGAUUAUGACCUUUUUUCUGCUGUUGAAUUGGAUGUCAAAGGUAAACCGACACUAGUUUAUCAGCACAGGACCACUACAGUGGAAACAGACUUAACAACUUGGUUAAAUGUUUCUGAAAAAAAAAUUCAAGAUGAUGUUCUUUAUCCAUUGUGGGCUCUAUUUCCGAUUCUGCUGCUGAUAUUAAUAACUGUCUUGGUGAAAGUUCGCAAGAACCAUUGUCACAUGAUUAAAGAAACCAAGGUCAUCAUAAACACUCACAAACUGGAAGAAGCGGAUGAACAGGAAGAGAUGAAUAGCAAUGAGCUUUACGAAAACCAUGAAGCUGUGGUUGUGUACGCACAGCAGUGGACCUUCAAACAGCGGAGCAACAGUUAUCACUUUGAUGACAAAGACGAAAAUGAAGCAGAUUGUGAAAGUAUCACAGCACCUGAGGAAAUCUACUGCAACGAGGCCUUUCAUGCAUUCCAAAGGAGAUGAAGACCAGUGACCUACAAAUGUUAAAACCCAAUAUACACAGCAUUAUAUGAGGAAAUAUAACAAUUCCUGGCUUUAAAUCAGUCUCCAGGAACAGUUUAUUGCCACUAAGAUUAUUUCUAUUUAGUGAAUUCCAGCAGGAUAACCAAGACAUUUUUUUUAAAGCUUUCUUAAAAUUCUGAAUUUUAAUGGAUAUAUUUAGCAUUUGGUAGAUUUACCUUUAAACUAUAUCUUUGAUGUUUUUACCAAAAAUUAGGUUGAUUUUUGGCCUAUUCCUCUUGACUUGUGUAAAUGGGUCAAAUGUGUUGAAUCAUUUUCUUGCAAACAUAUUCCCGCCUGUUGGACCAGUACCAUUGGAAUUUUAUGAGAACAAGUUUAGCAGUAUGAUUAAGGUUUACGGUCUGUUUGGAUAACUUUUUCAGGUUGCAGUUUUAACUUCUUGGCUGAUCCCACAAGGGUUUCCACUGAUUUUUUUGUUUUUACGAUUUCAUCUAUUUUGCAUCAUGCAUCUCUCCCUUCUGCGGCGUAACACCCACACCAGCUGAUGCUGCCACAUCCAUCCUACAAAGCUUGGAAGGUUUUCUUUGGUUUGCAAACUUCCCCCUUUUUUAUUUAAAGGCAUCAGAGCUUAUCACAGAAUGCUUCAAAUUUAACACCAUAAGACCACAGGACAUAUCUCUAAAAUAAGUUCUCUGUGCCAGACUGCAUUUUCAAAAAUUCAGUCUAAAUUUCUUUGGUUGGAGUAAGAGUCUAAGCUUCUUUCUUGCAUACAGUCUUUUAGAGCAUGAUGGUAGACAAUAAAAUUUAUUAUGGAUAAUGAUGCUCUCUCACUAGUUUUAGCCAUUUUCUUCACGUACUGUAGUGUUUUAAAUUUUGUCCUUGGUUUAUUAGAUUUUCCUUUAAAAAUGUUUUCAUCCUCGAACAGAUAAUCUGUCUUAUUCCUAUAAAGGCAUGAGGGCCAAACAUUCCCAUGCUGUACCUUCUUGCUUAUAAGUGAGCAAAGGAGUGUGGCCCCUUAAGACUUCUGAACAUUUUACCCAUGGACAAACCAAAUUUGUGGAAGUCCUCAAAUUUCUACCAUGAUUUCCUUUGAUGUUAUCUAACUUUAUGUAACCAAAUGAUGUAAUGUCUUUAACAGUUAAGCUUAUAUAAAGCCAAAAGUGGACCUCCAUUAGACUCAAAUGCUCUAUGUUAAAUGUACAAAAGCUAACAAAAGCAUUGUUUUAAUAAUCUACAACUUCUCAAGUUAUGAAAACUUUUGACAGUGAAUAACAUAAUAAAAUCUGUAGUGAAAUAAAAAUUGCCUAUAACGAGGUUCCUGCAGAUCCUUAAAAAGUCUUACAAGGCAUUACAUUUUUCAAUAUAAAACUAAGGCUCUAAUUGGUAUUAAAAUGUCUUCAAUCAGUCUUAAAGUUGUUACCACGUCAUAUAUAGGAUUUAAUUUUUAAAUCCAUAUCAAUCCAUAUCAAACAUAUCGGAAGUCACUGGCCGUGCACUCCAAACGGACAGAUUACCCGCUACCAGACAUAGGCAAUGGAUUUUCGAUAAUGACAGCAACCUGCCUUUGCGGUAAGGUCUGUAAGAACCUUAGGGGCCUGAGGAUCCACCAUGCCAUGAUGGGCUGCAUAAAGAGGAAGCAAGUAGAGCAACGCACAGAGCCAGUGCCAAGCACUGAAUCUGGGAAGACGGAGGAGGAGCAGGAACCUCCAUGCUCGACAUGCUACACCUAGCAAACCAUCAGUACAGUGUCAGG